AUGGAGCACUCGUCUCCCUUGGCUGCCAUGCAGCCUCCCUCUAUGCUUUUUGGUCACUGCUUCCGCGCAGAUGCUCCUACGUCGUAUCCGUCCUUGUCCGGGUUUGGAUCCAAUAGCUUCAACUUCAAGGAUCUAUCAAUGAAGAAGUCGGGCCCGGAUUACUUCAAUGUCAAGCCAAUCCCCUCGCCCACAGCCAGCCUCGCUGCGGAUUUGUCUCAGAACUUUCACAUUGAUCAAAGCCCACAAUUGGCUACGCCACGACGGUCUUUGUUCACUUCCAACAUCCUUGGUCAGGCUAAUGCUCGUGACGAUGUAAUGACCACUCCGCCUCUCCCUUCAUCUCCGGCCAUGGAUGUGAUGGAGAUGUCCCCUCUGCCUCACAAGCCCGCUUUCGUUGUGACCACUGAGAUUGAGGUUCACUCGCCUUCCCCCAUGUGCAGUCCAAUGGACUCGCCUAUCAUGUCUGCAGCACCCAGUCCUCUCCAGGCUUCUCCAAUGGAGGCCCCGACUCGGGCACCUCUUGAGCGCCGUCGUCCCCACUUCCUCCGUCCCAGCUUGGCCAAGAGCAAGGCUCAGUCCUUUCAGCUUGGAGUGAAUCGCCCUAACAACGAGAGCAAAGCACCCGCUUUCCGGUUCAGCACCGCCGGAGCCAAGACCUCGUUGAGCACAUCCACUUCCUUGGAGGACAUGUUCGGUGACUCUCCUCCUCAAGAGCGAUCGGUCUCCCGUAAUAGCUCCUUGAACACCCUGGCUCCACCCCGUCUGCGGCCACCCUUCCAACAUGCCCGUAGCAGCGGCUCGCCCGCCCCCAACUCCAUUCGCAAGCCCUCCCAUUCCACAAUGCGUCCUCGCAAGCAAUGCCGACGAUCAUUGAGUAUGUUUGAGCACCCAGCGGAUGUGAUUGCCCAAAAAGAGGCCAAGGUACCAGCAAAUGCACCCCUCCAGUCCAUCAGCGACCUGGAAAGUUCGCCGACCCCCCAGCUUCCUCACUUCGUCCCCGAGGAUCAGGCGGACACUCUGCCUCGCAUCGGCAAGCACACUCUGCUUGAACUUCUUGACGGGAAGUUCAAUGACUGCUUCGACAAUAUCAUGAUUGUUGACUGCCGCUUUGAGUACGAGUAUGAGGGUGGCCAUAUCAACGGCGCCCUUAACUACAACGACAAGGAGCGACUUGCGGGUGAACUGUUCGGCGCUCCCAAGUCCCGGACAGCCCUAAUCCUGCACUGUGAGUAUUCCGCGCACCGCGCACCUAUCAUGGCCAAGUACAUUCGCCAUCACGACAGAGCUGUUAAUAUCGACUCCUACCCUAAUCUGACGUACCCCGAUCUGUACAUUCUCGAUGGAGGCUACAGCUCCUUCUUCGCAGAGCAUCGUUCUCUCUGCUAUCCCCAGAAUUACGUUGAAAUGAACGCCGACGGUCAUGAAUUUGCCUGCGAGCGUGGACUCGGCAAGGUCAAGCAGCGUUCCAAGUUGAACCGCGCUCAGACUUUUGCCUUUGGCCAGCAGUCAUCUCCGAUGGAGGAUAGUCCGACUGGACGUCCUCGUCUGGGAAAUGAUCGAAGCAGCCGUCUUCUGGCAUCUCCAUUAGGUUCGCCCUUUGCUGUUAGCCCGGUUCCUAAUCGGACACCUGGCCGUCGCAUGCUUUCUUAUUGA